CUUCAGUAAGCUGGCCAGCGUGCAGAGAAAGGACCUAAGCGAACGAAACAAAAACCAGCGUCCGCACGCAAGAAGAAGUAACUUGGAUGGGACUUGUGUGCAGAAAAACUUAAGGAAAAAAAGGAAAUCCAUUCUGCAUGGUGGAAAACUUUUGAGAAAAACUGCUUUCUUCAAACAAGGGUGCCAUUUUGAAAUUUAUGGGGAUUGUUGUCCUCACUAUGAAGGCAUCUGUUAUUGAAAUGUUCCUUGUUUUGCUGGUGACUGGAAUACAUUCAAACAAAGAAGUGACAAAGAAGAGUAAAAGACCAAAGCUCACUGUGCCGCAGAUCAAUUGUGAUGUCAAAGCUGGAAAGAUCAUCAAUCCCGAGUUUGUUGUGAAAUGUCCAGCUGGAUGCCAAGACCCCAAAUACCACGUUUAUGGCACUAAUGUCUACGCGUCCUACUCCAGCGUGUGUGGCGCCGCGGUCCACAGUGGUGUGCUCAGUAAUUCUGGAGGAAAAAUACUUGUUCAGAAAGUUGCUGGACAGUCUGGCUACAAAGGAAGUUAUUCCAAUGGAGUCCAGUCGCUGUCCCUGCCACGGUGGAGAGAAUCUUUCGUGGUCUCAGAAGGUAAAUCCCAAAAGGGUGUAACCUAUCCAGCCGUUCUUACAUAUUCAUCAUCUAAAAGUGCAGCUGCCAAAUCAGCUGAGACCACAAAAGCCUAUGAGAAAUCACCGAUUCCGGGGACAACUGCACAGACUGUCACCCUGACACAGGCGCCAGGAGCCAUGCCCGCCGAAGCCACCCGCACCACCUUGCCAAGACCCCCCACGUCUGCAGGCUCGACCACCAGUAGCUCCAGACCACAGCCCGCGGGCCACCGGAGCCAGGAGCAGGAUCUCUGGCCCACCACCACCUACCCAGGCCUCCAGAACAAGCCCCGCACCAGCCCAGGAUUUGUUCCAAAAGAAGAAUUAAGCACAGAGGCUUUGGAGCCAGUAUCCCAGGGAGACCCAAACUGUAAAGUUGACCUGUUGUUUUUAAUUGAUGGGAGCUCAAGCAUCGGCAGACGUCGGUUCCGAAUCCAGAAGCAGUUUCUGGUAGAUGUUGCCCAAGCUCUGGACAUCGGCCCUGCAGGCCCACUGAUGGGUGUGGUUCAGUAUGGAGACAACCCUGCUACCCAAUUUAACUUCAGGACCCACAUGAAUUCCCAAGAUCUGAAGACAGCCAUAGAGAAAAUUACCCACAAAGGAGGGCUUUCCAACAUAGGCCGGGCCAUUAACUUUGUGACCAAGACCUUCUUCCCCAAAGCCAACGGAAAUAGAGGCAGUGCCCCCGACGUGGUGGUGGUCCUGGUAGAUGGCUGGCCCACGGACAAGGUGGAGGAGGCUUCACGCCUUGCCAGAGAGUCAGGAAUCAACAUUUUCUUCAUCACCAUUGAAGGUGCUGUGGAAAGCGAGAAGCAGUACGUGCUGGAGCCCAACUUUCCCAACAAGGCUGUGUGCAGAACCAACAGCUUCUACACGCUCAACGUGCCAAGCUGGUUCAGCCUCCACAAGACCCUGCAGCCCCUGCUGAAGCGGGUAUGUGACACCGACCGGCUGGCCUGCAGCAAGACCUGCUUCAACUCAGCCGACAUCGGCUUUGUCAUCGACGGCUCCAGCAGCGUGGGGACCAGCAACUUCCGUACCGUUCUGCAGUUUGUGGCCAACCUCAGCAAAGAAUUUGAGAUUUCCGAGACAGACACACGGAUCGGGGCCGUGCAGUACACCUACGAACAGCGGCUGGAGUUUGGGUUCGAGGAGUAUAGCACCAAGCCUGACGUCCUCAACGCCAUCAAGAGGGUGGGGUACUGGAGUGGGGGCACCAGCACAGGGGCUGCCAUCAACUAUGCCCUGGAACAGCUCUUCAAGAAGUCCAAGCCCAACAAGAGGAAGGUAAUGAUCCUCAUCACCGACGGGAGGUCCUACGACGAUGUGCGCAUACCAGCCAUGGCUGCCCAUCGCAAGGGAGUGGUCACCUACGCGGUAGGCGUGACGUGGGCCGCACCCGACGAGCUGGACAUCAUUGCCUCCCACCCGGCGGACCACCACUCCUUCUUCGUGGACGAGUUCGACAACCUCUACAAGUCCGUGCCCCAGAUCCUCCAAAACAUGUGUACAGAGUUCAAUUCACAUCCUCGGAACUGAACUCAGUGCAGGCGACACCCCCGGGCGCGGCAUUUCGCACCAGCUCUGGGACCCCCUCCCCCGAGUUUUAUGGGGCCCCUCAGGGCAGCGGGGCAUGUGGGGCGAGCAAAAUGGGUGCCUUGUUAUUACUUUCUGCCAGUGUGGUUCUUUGUACUUCCAAAUGUGGGGUUAGGAUGGCCAGGCAUUUGUAAAAUGCUCCACAAUGAUCAGCCAUUUCCAGGGGGCUGUCGCUUGACAGCUUGAGAAUCAUUUUCAAAAUAAAUGUUCAGAGGGGGCCGCACUCAUGAGGGCUUUUCUGAGGUUUUUAAGGCUGUUGUUUGUUUGUUUGUUUUUUAACUUCGCAUUAAAAUUCUGUAACCCUCCACCUGCGCUUUUGUCUGAUAAUCAUGCAGGAGUUGCUCAGGGAAAGGUCAGAGGGGCCACGUGCAGUGGCAUGCUGGGCCAAGGGCCACACUGUGGGGGUGACACGGCCCUUGUGUGCGCCCCCAACCCGAGCACCUGCUGUGCACUUGCUCUUGCUCUCAGGUGCCCACACACCGCCCACAGGGGUGCAGGGAGAGGGAGGCAGCGCCAGACGUGCUCCCUCUUCACUGGUAUCUGAGCCCCUGCUCCAGCAGCACAGACAUUUCAGAGGUUGGAGGGGCCUAACGGGCCUGCAGCUGGCGGAAAGUGCUGAGUUAGGCUGCUGCGCACACUCAGUCCCAGCCACAGAUCGGAAGCCAUGCUGGGUUCCAGGUCCCUUGCCAUGCAGUGAGGUCGGAGUCCCCAGGAAAGGAGCCUGCGGGCAUACUGCUGCGUGGCCACAGGUGAGAACCACGGGCACUUCUGGGGGUCCCUGUUAGGGCUGCUUCCAGGGAGGGUCCCCAGUUACACCCGAGUAACGUCCAGGGAGGGUCCCCAGUAAUACCCCAGUAACAUCCAGGUUAGCAUUUAUCCUGGAUUCUUCAUUUGUUAACUAAGUGUUAUCAGUAUUUUCUUUAAAGUAAACCACGAUGGGGGUUCAUGAAACUCCCCUUUUUUUUUUCCAGCUUUUACCAAGAAGGACUCAUCUAUUAGGAUGUAAAAUGGCGAAAGGUAAAAAAGAAUCAUAGAGAUGACUUCCUUGAUGAAUUGUUUUAUAAAAAAAUAUAUGUUGAACAAUGCUGCUCUGAAUGGCGGUAAAAAGUACCUUGCUAAUACUUGGGGCCACAGUCACAUUAAAAAACGAGUUGUGGCUGGACUAUAGUGAUGACACAUGGGUGAUUUGGUGAUGGGAAACCCAAGGGGAUUGCAAAUGAGAUG